AAGAAGACAUAAGGCGGGAGGUAAAGGCGAAGCCGAGCACGUGACCCAUACUCACUAGCAACAAGAUGGCGGUGGCUGUGCGGAGUUUGCAGGAUCAGCUCGAAAAAGCCAAAGAAAGCUUGAAAAAUGUGGACGAUAAUAUUCGAAAACUUACGGGCCGAGAUCCAAAUGAAUCGAGACCGGGCCAGUUCCGUCGGCUCAGCGGCCCAAUGGCAGGCCUCGGCGGAGGUAGAGGCAGAGGAAUCAACCUGCUCAGGCGCAGUCUCUCAGACAUGGGAACUGGCGGCCCCCCUGCCAAGCAAAGGGACAUUGAAGGAGCCUUGCUGAGGCUGGCAGGAGACCAGAGGGCCAGGAGAGACAUGCGCCACGACAGCGACGCUGAGGAUGACGAGGAUGUCAAAAAGCCAGCGUUGCAGUCGUCUGUUGUAGCUACCUCCAAGGAGAGAACACGCCGAGAUCUCAUUCAAGAUCAAACCAUGGAUGAGAAGGGCAAACAGAGAAAUCGGCGCAUGUUUGGCCUGCUGAUGGGUACGCUGCAAAAAUUUAAGCAGGAGUCUAACGUGUCUUCAGAGAAGCAAAAACGCCGUUCAGAGAUUGAACAGAAACUGGAAGUUCAGGCUGAAGCUGAGAAGAAGAAAGUAGAAAAUGAAAGGAGAGAACUGUUUGAGGAGAGACGAGCCAAGCAGACAGAGCUGAGACUUCUGGAACAAAAAGUGGAAUUAGCUCAGCUGCAAGAGGAGUGGACCAGCCACAACAACAACCUGUUGAAAUUCAUUCGCACAAAGGCCAAGCCUCACAUCUUCUACCUUCCUGGAAAAAUGUGCUCCGCAUCUCAGAAACUCCUCGAAGAGUCCACCAAGAAACUAAAUGCUGUGUUUGAGGAAAGACGUGAAGCUUUUGCUGAGCAACUCAACAAGAUGGAAUCACGCCCCCGGCGCCAGAUAAACCGCGACCAGGACAGCAACGCUGCCUCAAGGACGGACCAUCCGGCGGAGGGUAAGCCAGCAGGUCAGGCAGCCAAGUUGACAGGUAAAAGGAGUAUUGCAGAGAUGGAGGAAGAAGAUGAGGAUGAAGAGGAUGAGGAAGGUGAGAAGGAGGGAGAUAGAAGUGUGACAGAGGGGGAUGACGGGGAGGGAAGGAAAGAAGAGCUAGAAAAAGUAGAAGAGGAGGAAGGGAUGGAGUUUAGGGAGGAAGGGAGUGAGAAAAAGGAAGCUGAGGAGCAGAGGGAGAAGGAGGGCAAGAAAGAAAGUCCAAAGUCAGAGGAGAUGGAGGUGGAAAUGGAGGCAGAGAAGGAAGAGGUGAAGGAAGUGAACAUAGAUGACAGUCAGGGGGUUGUAGACCUGCAAGAGAAGCCUCUAGAAACUCCUAAACCAAGUGAAAGCAGCCAAGAAGCAGCAGCAGACAGCAGCGAUCAGCCCCAGCCCAGCCUCACUGUAGAGGGCCCACCAGAGCAGCCCCCCCCAACAGAGAGCGCAUCUCCAGCCCAAGAACCUCAGACAACGUCCACAGUCGAUGUUCAGGACUCUGCAAACCAGAAUCCAGCAGAGGAGCCCAAAUCAACCGAGGAGGCCCCGCCAAAGCUACCCGAUUCCCAGGAGGCCCCUGCCUCCAGCCCUAAAAAAGAUGAUGGUGGUGACAGGGGAAGGAAGAAGGAAAAGGCAAAGCGACGCCGCAGUAAGAGCUCCUCCUCUUCCUCCUCUGGCUCCUCGUCAGACUCCUCCUCGAGUGGAAGUUCCUCCUCUUCUUCUGGAUCCAGCCGCUCCUCCUCGUCUUCCUCGUCUUCAUCUUCUUCUAACAGCAGCAGCCGCAGUAGAGACGGAGGCAAGCGCAAGAGGCGGACGUCAGAGAAAGGUACAGACAAGAAGAAGAAGGAAGAGAGGAGGAGCAACAAGGGAGGGGGGAGUAGUGGAGGGAGGGACUCCAAGGAAUCAAAGGAGAAGAAGAGGAGGAACGAAGAAGGGAGGGGCAGGUCUUCACGGGGCGAUAGGGAACAUAAAGAUAGAGACAGGAAGGACAAGAGACGCUGAAGUGAGGUUCUGAUUUAAAUCCAGUGAAUGGUAAAACCUCCAGCUGUCGUCAGAUUUUUUUUUAAAACUUUAAUUUGUACCACGGGAGGAUUUCAUGUUGUUGGACUGAGUCUAAAUGUCAUAUUUUCUCCUCCUUUGGCUUUUGAACAUUCAUGUAACGUGGAUGUACAAAGCAUCCUAGUACCUGAGCCCUUUUCUAAAGGUUUUAGAGAAGCAUUACAGAAUCUUUGCAUCAAAAAUGUUUGGGAUAAGUUGUCUUUUUGGGGCUUUGAAAAUGUGUGUUUUACAUGAAUGAUGUGGUAGCAGUGACCAAUCAUACAAGUUGUUUCAAAUGGUUACGACAUUGUUAAUCCACACCGAUUGACAUUUUGAUCUAUUUCAAGUGUGACUUCUUUAUUUUGAUUUGAAAACUGUACCUUUUUUUUUAUUUGUAAUUUGCUUCAAAAUAAAGUUGAGGUGUUAGUGGAAA